AUGGCUGACCGUGACGGUGUUCACGGCUCUUCAGCUCAACUGCUCUGGCGACAUGUCUCACCUCAAGAUUCAAACCUCUGGGCCUUCCUACAACGCGUGAACACCAAGCAUAGCAAGAACUUCCAGACCUAUCACGAUCUGUACCAAUGGAGCAUAGACAACGUUUCCGACGCAUGGGGAGAUAUUGGGGAGUAUGUCGGCAUUCGAACAUCGCAACCCUACAGCAAGGUCGUGUCGGACGAGAAGACGAUGUUUCCACGCCCGUCAUGGUUCCCUGGCGCAAAGCUGAAUUUUGCAGAGAACUUGUUGUUCCCAACGCAAGAGGUGGACGAGAAUAGCCCGGCUGUGAUAGCUGCGACCGAGACUGCGAGGGAGACUGUGACAUGGAAAGAGUUGAGAGAACGAGUACGGAGAUGUCAAGGUGGAAUGCAAGCCCUAGAGCUCAAGCAAGGUGACCGUGUCGGUGGAUAUGUUGCAAAUCAUACAAAUGCCUUAGUGGCUGCUUUGGCGGCUUCAUCUCUAGGCGCGAUUUGGACUGCUGUCAGUCCGGAUACAGGCGUCACUGCGGUUCUCGAUCGAAUGGUCCAAAUUGAACCAACCUUGCUCGUCACGGACAAUGCUGUUAUGUACAAUGGAAAAACACAUCCGGUCUUGCCAAAAGUAAAAGAGAUCGUGGAAGGAUUACCCACUCUGAAAGGGACAAUUAUCUUCAACACCCAACCCUCAAUGGGGUCUGACAUCGAAGGUCUUUCUCCCGAGCUUCAGAAAAAGGUGUAUACCUAUGACAAGUUUACAUCCUUAUCCAAUGGAUCUAGGAAGCUUCACUUCGAGCAAUUGGACCCCGACACACCUGUCUAUAUCCUGUAUUCAAGUGGCACGACUGGAGCACCGAAGUGCAUUGUGCAUGGAGCUAUCGGUACUUUGAUACAGCACAAGAAGGAGCACAUCCUCCAAAGUGACAUUCGAACUGGCGACAGGCUCUUCUACUUCACUACUUGUACUUGGAUGAUGUGGCAUUGGCUAGUAUCAGGGCUCGCGGCUGGCGCUACAUUGAUCCUUUACGACGGGUCGCCAUUCCAAUACUUGCAGAAUGGAGAGUCAGUAAAAGACGACCUGGCGAUGCCAAAGCUUAUUGACGAGCUCGGUAUAACACAAUUUGGAACAAGUGCGAAGUUCUUGUCGGUGUUGGAGCAGCGCAACAUCUUUCCGAAGGAACAAGGCUUGACGCUCAACACUCUGAAAGCGAUAUACUCAACAGGCUCGCCGCUUGCUCCUUCCACAUUCCAAUACGUCUACAAAGCUUUUGGCCAAAUAAAUCUCGGAUCUAUUACUGGCGGCACCGACAUCAUCUCUCUUUUUGGCGCACCAUGUCCGCUCCACCCUGUGUAUGUCGGUGAGAUACAGGUCUUGGGACUAGGCAUGGCUUGUCAAGCGUGGGACUUCCAGGGCAAAGACGUGAGCAAAGAGGGCGAACCAGCGGAUCUUGUCUGUGUACGACCAUUCCCUUGUCAGCCCGUCAUGUUCUGGGGCAAAGACGGUGAAAGCAAGUACAAAGCUUCGUAUUUUGAGGAGUUCCCCGGAGUUUGGCAUCACGGCGACUUUGUGAGGUUCAAUCCCGAGACUGGUGGCUUGAUCAUGCUGGGUCGAUCUGACGGCGUAUUGAAACCCUCUGGCGUUCGAUUCGGGUCUGCAGAGCUCUACAACGUCCUUCUGAAGCACUUCCCAGAUCAAGUAGAAGACGGGCUCGCAAUAGGCCGUCGGCGCGAACAGGACGACGAUGAGACCGUGAUACUAUUCUUGAAGAUGAAAUCUGGAGAGAACUUCAACGACAAGCUGGUGCAGGAUAUCAAAGCUGUUGUAAGGAAGGAGCUCUCUGCCCGGCACGUUCCAGGCACCAUCGAUGAAUGUCCGGACAUACCAGUCACGAGCAACGGCAAGAAGAUCGAGAAGAGUGUGAAACAGAUUCUUUGCGGCUUGAAUAUCAAGACAAGCACGAGUGUGGCUAAUCCGGAAAGCCUGGACUUUUAUCGACAAUGGGCAGACUCACAUUAG